ACAUUAUAACCUAAAAUAAAGACAUAAAACCCCAAAAUAAAAUACCCAAGGGGUCAAACUAAGUCUAAGACACCAAUAACGUUCAGUAACUUCGUUUUUAUUUGCACCAUGUAAUAUUAUUGACUGAAAAUAAGAGCCUUUAAGGUUUGUAAAUGACUGAACUCCAUUUCCAACAAUUCCGCGCUCUAUUUUUCUACCUACCUCGCGCAUGCGCACAUGCUCGUAGAAUGCGGAUUUCAAAGCUACUACGAGUAGCUAGCUAGUAAAGCUAAAAACAAGCUUCUUGUUGUCGGACUUAACAACGGUUUAAAAUGUCCAAAACACACCCGCCGUGUUCGAUAGUCACGACUACCGGAGGACCCUCCUCUUCCUCUUCUUCCUCCCCGGCUGGAGGGUCCACAUCUCCCGCCACGGUGAUGAACGUUCAGCCCGAGAAACCUCAACAUUACACGUAUCUGAAGGAGUUCAGGACGGAGCAGUGCCCUCUGUUCGUUCAGCACAAAUGCACGCAGCACCGUCCCUUCUCCUGUUUCCACUGGCACUUCCUGAACCAGCGGCGCCGCAGACCCAUGCGCCGCCGAGACGGGACGUUCACCUACAGCCCCGACGUUUACUGCACCAAAUACGACGAGGGGACGGGAACCUGCCCCGAUGGAGACGAAUGCCCGUUUCUGCACCGGACGGCGGGCGACACAGAGCGCAGAUAUCACCUCCGAUAUUAUAAAACCGGCUCCUGUAUCCACGAGACGGACUCCAAGGGCCACUGCAGUAAAAACGGGUCGCACUGCGCCUUCGCCCACGGAUCACAUGACCUGCGCAGCCCUGUGUACGACAUCAGGGAGGUUCAGGUGAUGGAGUGUCAGGGUCCCUCGGAGGGGGGGGGAGGCGGAGGAGAGUCGGGUCAGGCGGCGAGUACAGCGCUCAUCGAGAAGAUCCUGAGCGAAGAGCCACGCUGGCAAGAUAACAACUACGUGCUCUCCCACUAUAAAACGGAGCUCUGUAAGAAACCUCCUCGUUUGUGUCGUCAAGGUUACGCCUGUCCGUACUUCCACAACAGCAAAGACCGGAGACGCAGCCCGCACAAACACAAAUACAGAGCGCUGCCGUGUCCGGCGGUGAAGCAGAGCGAGGAGUGGGGCGACCCGAGCAAAUGUGAGGGAGCGGAGAGCUGUCAGUACUGCCACACCCGCACCGAGCAGCAGUUUCACCCCGAGAUCUAUAAAUCCACAAAGUGUAACGACAUGCAGCAGAGUGGCAGCUGCCCUCGGGGGCCGUUCUGCGCCUUCGCUCACAUUGAAAGACCUUUUUCCUCAGAGGAGCCUUCCUUCCCCACCCCCAGCUCCCCCCCGCCGCCCCGGCCUCCGGACCCCCUCCCUGCUCAGGAAGCCUGCUCCAGCCCCAUCAGGCUCAGGAUGGGUUCUGGUUCUUAUUCGGACCCUUUCUCGCCCUCUGCGGGGUCAUGUGUGGCGGAGCAAGGGCUUCUGGGUAAUGUGUUGUCUCUGUGCGAGGAUAUGAGCGCGUGGGCCGGAGAGGGGGGUUACGGGAGAGCGCCGGGGUUUGAGAGGGAAGACCAGGCGAAGCAAAGGAGUUUCGCUCUCGAGCAACGACACAGAGAAUUUGCAACAGCACAAAGCAAACAGGACUUGCUGGUGUUUCUGCCAGUAGGAAGCCCCCUCAGUCUCUCCUCCAGCAUCCCCUCCAGUCUGGCUGCCACCCCCCCCAGCCCGGCUCCCAUUGGUCCCCUGGGAUCCAGCAUGUCUUCGGGCAUGAACGCCAACGCCCUGCCUUUCUAUCCCACCAGUGAGACCGUGGAGUCCGUCGUUGAGUCGGCGCUAGAUGAUCUGGAUCUGAAUGAUUUCGGUGCUUCGGGGCUGGAGAGCAGCUCUGCUUUACCCAUUGUGGGAGGCAUGCUGGGAGGUAGCCAGUUCCAGAGUUCAGCUCCAGUAAAUAUCCCGGGAUCCUUUAGCAGCUCCGCCCCUUUUAGCUCGCCUUCGCCUUCUCCACCAAUCAGGACGCACUCUUCGCCUUUCUUCUCCACGCCCCUCUCACAGCCCAGCCAAUCAGAGAGCACCUUCCUGGGACCGUCGCACAGCUCGUUAGGUCUGAAUGGUAUGAGCAGUAGUAUCUGGGAGCACUUCCCCUCGGGGCAGGGCUCUCCGGGGACCCCCCCCACGCUGCUGUCUUCAGGGGCGUGUGCAGAAACCCCUCGUCUGAAGCAGGAGCUGGAGGAGGCGCAGAGGGCGCUGAAGCAGUGGAGCCACAGCUGGAGGCACUCAGCUCAGUCGUGGGCGGCUCUGAAGGCGGACGCAGAGGAGUCUCGAUCUCGUGCUUCUCGGUUAUCGAUGGAGUCGGAGCGAGCGAAGCAGGCGGAGGUGGAGGCGCAGCGGCAGGCGACUCUCCUGCAGGAGGCGCUGGAGAGCUUAAGGAACGGAGAAAACCCUCAUCUGGCUCUCCAUCAGCUGCAGCUGCUGCACCGCCUGCCGCUGGACUCUGUGGUCAGCCUGCAGGCGCAGAUCUGCAGCAGCUUACAGGCUGUGGAGCAGGUGGUGUACAGGAAGCCGAGGCACUGCUGUGUGACCUGUGGAGAUCCAGGAUCAGUUUCGCUGAUCUGUGGUCACGGCCUGCAGUGUGAGAGAUGCUCCAGCUCCACGGAAUGCCCCCUCUGCCCCAAACAGACCCAGGACCAGCAGCUCUCCUGACCCCCGAAAAGACCCCGGACCAGCAUCUUAUAACCCAUGAACAGACCCAGGAUCAGCAGUUCUCCUGACCCCCGAAUAGACCCUAGACCAGCAGCAUCUUCUGACCCCCUUCUUACACCAGUCAGUCCUGAUUCCUCUCAUAAUACCAGCUCUGGAUCUCUAUCUAAAAAUCAGUUGGAGGACGUUUUAUAAUGUGACACAGAUCUGGUUUUGUAUUUGAUAAAUCUCUGUGAAAGCUCUAGGAUUUUUCUCGUUGGUUACCGAGGAACACAAGUACUUUUUACUAGUUAAUGCUCUUGACCAGCGACACUGUUCUUCACCCCUUUUCUAUCUUUGUGAAAAUAAGACCUGCUUCUACUUCCUCUCAAACUCUAAAAAAGGCCUUUACACAACGAGUACGUGACUAAUAAAAGAGACAAUAAUGCGGAGAACUCGCCUACGAAUGUUACAUGUUCCGAGGCAUUUAAGCCAUCAAAGGGAUUGGCUCAAUUCAACACAAAAAUAUAUCAAAAUACAGGAAAAACAAUAAAACGCUGGCAUUUUACAGAAUUAGCUCACUUUAAAGAACAUGAUACCGGUGUUAUCUACCUAUCUACCUAUCUACCUAUCUCUCUAUCUCUCUACCUACCUACCUACCUAUCCAUCUAUCUAUCUGGAAUUGUGUUUCCUGAGGUUUUAAAAAUGUUGUGCCACUUUUUAAGGUCAACAGCAACUCUUAAACAUGUCUGGCAUUCAUGAGCUAUCUUAAAAUAAAUAAUCAGGUCUGACUUAAAACGCUUAAAGGGCAUAUUUAGCAUCAUUUAUAAUAUAAACCGCUAACGCCAAAUCGGGGUCGUUAUACCAGUAGCACUUGUAGAUUAUAUCCUUAAUUCUUUCAUAGUUUUUUUAGCGAAAUCAAUUCUCAAUAUUUAAAAUGUUUAGUAAUAUUUGUUUAAAUGUCUACGACAGACGGCCUCUGUUGAAGCACUCAGGUUUCUAACAUUCUUCUGAACAUCAACUGGAAGAGGAAAAGCAUGUUAACGCAAUCAAGGCAAAUGAACUCGUGUGUAGUCUUUGAAAUGUCAUCUUUUCUUUUUUAUGUUAAAACCAGCCCGUUUUAUACGUAAUCUCUGUACGGAAGAGGAUCAGGCCCACAUGUAAGAUACUCUUUGGAGAUCUGAUGAAAGGUUAUUAUUGAUCUGACAUUAAACUCAGAAUUCUCAAUUUUUUCCGGAAAAAUACCAAAAUUCGGAAGAUUCUUUUGAAUUCGGGGAAAAAAUCAGAUUAUUUUUUGAAAAAAAGUCAGCAUUCUGAUAUUUACCCCCGAACAGACCCAGGAUCAGCAUCUUAAAACCCCGAACAGACCCAGGAUCAGCAUCUUAAAACCCCCGAACAGACCCAGGAUCAGCAUCUUAAAACCCCGAACAGACCCAGGAUCAGCAUCUUAAAACCCCGAACAGACCCAGGAUCAGCAUUUUAAAACCCCCGAACAGACCCAGGAUCAGCAUCUUAAAACCCCCUAACAGACCCAGGAUCAGCAUCUUAAAACCCCCUAACAGACCCAGGAUCAGCAUCUUAAAACCCCCGAACAGACCCAGGAUCAGCAUCUUAAAACCCCCGAACAGACCCAGGAUCAGCAUCUUAAAACCCCCGAACAGACCCAGGAUCAGCAUCUUAAAACCCCCAAACAGACCCAGGAUCAGCAUCUUAAAACCCCCAAACAGACCCAGGAUCAGCAUCUUAAAACCCCCUAACAGACCCAGGAUCAGCAUCUUAUAACCCCCGAACAGACCCAGGAUCAGCAUCUUAUAACCCCGAACAGACCCAGGAUCAGCAUCUUAUAACCCCGAACAGACCCAGGAUCAGCAUCUUAUAACCCCGAACAGACCCAGGAUCAGCAUCUUAUAACCCCCGAACAGACCCAGGAUCAGCAUCUUAUAACCCCGAACAGACCCAGGAUCAGCAUCUUAAAACCCCCGAACAGACCCAGGAUCAGCAUCUUAUAACCCCCGAACAGACCCAGGAUCAGCAUCUUAUAACCCCGAACAGACCCAGGAUCAGCAUCUUAUAACCCCUAACAGACCCAGGAUCAGCAUCUUAUAACCCCCGAACAGACCCAGGAUCAGCAUCUUAAAACCCCGAACAGACCCAGGAUCAGCAUCUUAAAACCCCGAACAGACCCAGGAUCAGCAUCUUAUAACCCCCGAACAGACCCAGGAUCAGCAUCUUAAAACCCCUAACAGACCCAGGAUCAGCAUCUUAUAACCCCCGAACAGACCCAGGAUCAGCAUCUUAAAACCCCUAACAGACCCAGGAUCAGCAUCUUAUAACCCCCGAACAGACCCAGGAUCAGCAUCUUAAAACCCCUAACAGACCCAGGAUCAGCAUCUUAAAACCCCGAACAGACCCAGGAUCAGCAUCUUAAAACCCCCGAACAGACCCAGGAUCAGCAUCUUAAAACCCCCGAACAGACCCAGGAUCAGCAUCUUAUAACCCCCGAACAGACCCAGGAUCAGCAUCUUAUAACCCCCGAACAGACCCAGGAUCAGCAUCUUAUAACCCCCGAACAGACCCAGGAUCAGCAUCUUAAAACCCCCGAACAGACCCAGGAUCAGCAUCUUAAAACCCCGAACAGACCCAGGAUCAGCAUCUUAAAACCCCGAACAGACCCAGGAUCAGCAUCUUAAAACCCCCGAACAGACCCAGGAUCAGCAUCUUAAAACCCCCGAACAGACCCAGGAUCAGCAUCUCUGAAACAUUUUUUUAGUUUAGGAACAAAAAUUGAAUACCUCUUUUCUCAGAAUUGUUACUUUCUUCAAGAAUCAUGACUUUAUUAAGUAUUCAGUUUUUCUUUGCAAAAUAAAAAGAUAAUUUUUGAGAAUCUGUUCAAUUUUGGGAAGACAGUCAGAAUUGAAAUAUAUUCACAUGUGACCAUGUGGCCCUAAUCCUCUUCCGUAUCUUUGACAUGUCACACUGUGUCAAAUCUCGUCUUAUAUAUAUGUUAUUCAUACACACGCAUCGUUGAUUAAAUCCAUAGCUAUUUCUUGCACUGAUUAGACAAAGCAUCAGAGAAGCAGACGGAUUAUUGUUUAAAUGCAAGUCUUUGAUUAAACCCAUAUCUCAGCAUCCUGUCCACAGCUCAUCAUCACCAGUGUUUCUGUCUGAGUGGAUUCUCCCAUGUUUUUGGUACAGAUCAUUAAAACAAAUUGUAUAUUUUUGGAAGAAGAA